AUGCCCUCCAACACACUUCACGACGACUAUCCAUGGACAUCCCCCGAUCUCCCCUUGGUGGUAUCCGCACCUAUGAUGAAAAUCACAAUGGGGCGUCUGGCAGUCUCUGUCUCCGCAAAUGGCGGCAUUGGUUUCCUGGCGGGCGGAUUCGACCUCUCAUCCCUCCUGCAGAAUCUUUCAGAAGCGGCAGAAUACGCGAAAUCCACCAAUGUGCCCCUUCACGACGGGUUACUGCCCAUCGGCGUGGGUGUUCAAAACUGGGGUAGCUCCCUCCCACUGCUGAUCGAGGCCCUCGAGGCACAUCCCGUCGCCGCAGUAUGGUUCUUCGCGCCCAAACACCUCUGCGAUUUCCUCGACUGGGCGAAAUCCAUCCGGCAGCUCACCCACGACCGCACCAAAAUCUGGGUCCAGGUCGGCACGGUGGCCGAGGCGAUGGAAGUCGCCAAGACGACGAAACCAGAUGUCUUGAUUGUGCAGGGUUCCGAUUCGGGUGGCCACGGGCUCGCGCAGAGAGCGAGUCUGCUCACGCUUCUACCCGAAGUGAGAGACGCGUUUGACCAGGAAGGCAUUGAUAUCCCUGUUCUUGCUGCCGGCGGAAUAAUGGACGGAAGAGGGGCUGCCGCGGCGUUGGCCCUAGGGGCAGAUGGUGUAUGUUUGGGGACCAGGUUCCUCGCGUGUCAGGAAGCGGUCAUUGCGAAAGGUUACCAAGACGAAGUGUUGCGGGUCACCGAUGGCGGCACCAGUACCGUCGCAACCACCAUUUACGACGUCGUUAGAGGGAUCCACGGAUGGCCGCAGGCGUACAUUGGCAGGGGCGUGGCGAACCGGACUUAUCUAGACGCAGUCUACGGCGGCAUGGGAGACGCGGAGAACGUGGAGCUCUACAAUGAGGCGAUCAAGAUGGGCGACGCCGGCUGGGGUCCCGAAGGGAGGAUGACCGCUUACGCAGGCACGGGGAUAGGAUUGGCCAGAGAGGUCCUCCCGGCCGGAGAUAUUGUGAAAAGCGUACAGCAAGAGGCGAUCCAGGUUUUGCAGAAGUCAGCUUCGAGAUACGACAAGAGGUGA